GAAUGUCUCACAAUGUAUUUCAGUUUACGAAUUACAAGAGAGUUGAACGAUUAUUUAUAAACAAUAAUUUGCACCAAAAAAAUUAAAUAAAUAAAAUUUAGCUUAAUAUUUUUUCAAAAUUUAUUGACAAUUGCCUUCCUCUUCAUUUUUCUUCACAGAUUUAAAUUUGGUUCAAAGAACUCCAGUACUAAGGCGAAUGAAGCAAAAUCAAAUAUUACAAAAAGCUCGUACUCAACUACCACAUUCCCAGUCUUUUGAAAAUUUUAAAAAACCAGUUGUUUCUCUCUCAUCCCCAUUUUCAUGAAGCUUUUCCACAGAUGCUAUCACAGCUCUCUCAUACCUCCCAACCUUCAAACCACCAAGUACUCAUCAUCCAAAGAGUCCAAAAUCUUCCAACUCUGCAAAUCAGACUCGCUCUCUCAAGCUCUGAAACUCCUGAACUCUGUUAAUUCCUCUGAAAUCUCUGUAAAACCAAUCAUAUAUGCUUGUUUAUUACAGACCUGUACCAAAGUUCACUCAUUUAACCACGGGCUCCAAAUCCAUUCCCAUGUCAUCAAAUCCGGACUCGAAACUGAUCGCUUCGUUGGGAACAGUUUGCUUGCUCUCUACUUCAAAUUGGGUUCGAAUUUUUUCGAUACAAGAAGGGUGUUUGAUGGUCUUUUUGUUAAGGAUGUUGUUUCUUGGACUUCGAUGAUUUCGGGUUACAUGCGUGUGGGAAAACCCAGAAAUUCAAUCGGUUUGUUCUCGGAAAUGUUGGAUUUUGGGGUUGAGCCAAAUGGAUUUACUCUAUCUGCUGUGAUUAAGGCGUGUUCGGAGCUUGGGGACCUAAAGGUUGGUCGGUGCUUUCAUGGAGUUGUUUUUAGACGUGGGUUUGAUUCAAAUCAUGUUAUUGCUAGCGCUCUGAUUGACAUGUAUGGGAAGAAUUAUGAAUCUAAAGAUGCACGCCAGUUGUUUGAUGAAUUGCUCGAACCAGAUGCUAUUUGUUGGACGUCGGUUAUUUCAGCAUUGACGAGGAACGAUUUGUUUAAGAAAGCUUUAGGGUUCUUUUAUUUGAUGCAGAGGAAAUAUGGUUUGUCACCAGAUGGGUUUACGUUUGGGACGGUCUUGACAGCUUGUGGGAAUUUGAGGAGGCUAAAACAAGGUAAGGAAGUGCAUGCUAAGGUAAUUACGACUGAAAUUUGUGGAAAUGUGGUUGUUGAGAGCAGUCUUGUAGACAUGUAUGGCAAAUGUGGAUUAGUUGAUGAAUCUCGGCGUGUUUUCGAUAGAAUGACACAAAAGAAUUUAGUUUCUUGGUGUGCAUUGCUCGGGGGAUACUGUCAAAAGGGUGAUUUUGAAACCGUUAUUGAUCUUUUCAGGGAAAUGAACGAGGUUGAUCUCUACAGCUUCGGAACAAUUCUUCGAGCCUGUGCAGGUUUGGCAGCUGUGAGACAGGGAAAAGAGGUGCACUGCCAGUACUUGAGGAAGGGUGGUUGGAGAGACGUUAUUGUAGAAUCUGCUUUAGUGGAUCUGUAUGCAAAAAGCGGCUGUAUUGAUUUUGCUUAUAGGAUUUUUGUACAGAUGGCAGUUCGAAAUUUGAUAACUUGGAACUCAAUGAUUUGUGGGUUCGCUCAAAAUGGAAGAGGCGGAGAAGCUCUUAGGAUGUUCAAUGAGAUGGUUAUGGAGGGGAUUAAGCCAGAUUAUAUUAGUUUUAUUGGGAUUCUUUUUGCUUGUAGCCAUACAGGUUUGCUUGAUCAAGGGCGUGAGCAUUUUACUUCAAUGACUGAACAAUAUGGGAUUAAAGCUGGAAUUGAGCAUUACAAUUGCAUGGUUGAUCUCCUAGGCCGUGAUGGGCAGAUAGAAGAUGCUGAAAAUUUGAUACUAAACACAGAAUUUAAAGAUGAUUCGUCUCUUUGGGCAGCUCUUCUAGGUGCUUGUUCAACCAGUACAAAUUCUGUUGUUGCAGAGCGCAUCGCAAAGAAAAUGAUGGCAUUGGAACCUGAAUACCAUUUGAGUUAUGUUCUUCUAGCUAAUGUGUAUAGAGCAAUUGGACGGUGGAGCGAUGCUCUUAAGAUCUGGAGACUAAUGCAAGAUAGAGGGGUUAAGAAGAAGCCUGGGAAGAGCUGGAUUGAAACCAAGAGCAGAUUGGGCUCUUCUUCUGUUGGCAUGACUUACUUGGAUAUGCCUAAUGAAACCGAAUUUCCUGAUAUGACGGAUUUAGUGCGGUUAAAUGCUGAAAAAUAGUGUUGCUCAAAUAGUUUUUUACUUUUCACCGUUGCAUGGAAUGGCCUGGCAAUUUGGAAUUUUAGGAAAAAUUGUCCAAAUACUUUUGGAUGUGGGAAAUUCACAACGAACAAGGAUGCAAAAAUAGUUGAUGCAUUCCAAUAUUGUUCUGGCAAGUCAGAACAUCAUGAUCUUAUUGCUAAGUAUUGGGAACAUAAAUACCACAGCGACGUAUCAGGCGUCUCAGAAUCCAUAUGAAGCAAAAUCAUUCAAUUUUUUGUCGUCCCUGAUUUGAAAUGAUGUCAAUUGGUUCUACCGGAAUCGAAGUAUAAUUGCCUUUUCAAUGAUAAUGGCAUCAAUUAAGAAUUAUUAGAAAUAAGAUUGUCAUUUGCGUUACUUUUUAGUUCUGUGACUCCACAUUUUAUCUAUAGAAAACUAUGAUUGAUGAAUUGUCAUGUAGGACCGCUGUGAAAAAAAGGGUAGGUUCACAGUCAAGGUUGUCAGCCAAAUUGUGUAACUUUCAAUUGAAUUAUAUGACUAUAAAAACUGACUGAUGAGGUGUUAUGUGA